AUGUCCUUGUAUUCUAAAAGAUGCAGUGAUAAUUUGUUCAAAGAUUUGGGUAGUUUGGAAAUAUUUGGAGAUACAAAACUUCCUCUUUUGGUCUACUUACAUGGUGGAGGCUGUUUGAUCAAAUAUGCCUUCUCUCUUACAUAUCACGCGCACCUUAAUAUAGUAGUUGUAGAAGUUGGUGGUAUAGCAAUUUCAAUUAACUAUCGGCUCACCCCUGAGCAUCCUUUGCCUAUUGCUUAUGAAGAUUCUCAGAUUGCAGUCAAAUGGGUUGCCUCUCAUUCAAAUGGCGAGAAUCCUGAGGUAUGGCUUAGGAAUUAUGCUGGCUUUGAUAGGGUGUAUUUUGGUGGGGAUAGUGUUGGUGGCUGA